AUGUCUCCGAUAAAGGACUUAUUGUUGGCUUAUGAAGCUCUCAACGAAGAAGGCACCUUUUCUGCAGGAGAUACCCUCGCAGGCACAGUCACUUUCACUUUGACAAAAGAAUCCGAAGUGAAGGGUUUGAUGGUUAAAGCCAAAGGGGACGCGGACGUAAGAUGGUCUGAGGGCAGUGGAGAUAGCCGGAAAACGCGCCAUGAUCACAAGAGGUACUUCAAACUAAAAGAAUUCCUAAUUGAGGAAAAUGGCCUUCUACUUCCUGUAGGAGUCCAUAUCUUUCGCUUCACACUUCAGAUCCCACUGGUGGACAUGCCAUCAUCCUUCAAAGGGGCUCAUGGAAAGAUUGUCUACACACUUGAAGCUAAGAUGUCCAGGAGCUGGCGGUGGCCUAUUAAAGAGAAAAUAGAGCUAAACUUUGUUUCAAAGUCCUUUCCAAACCUUGACCAAGUAAUGGGUUCCCAGUCUGGUACAGUGGAUAAAAAGAUGGGGGUGUUUUCCAAAGGAGAGGUCCAAAUGACCGCUAAUGUAAACACAAAGGUUUGCUCUCCAGGUGACACUCUAUCUGUUGUUGCCAUAAUCCACAACUCCUCUUCCAAAACGAUGAGGCCCAAAUUCAGUCUUCAUGAGAAAACUGUGUACCGCGCCGGUAGCUCAACUAAAGUCAUUGAGAAACUGCUGUGCAAAAUGGUUGGGGAGAAUAUUGCACAGAACUCAGAGGAAACUGUCUCCUGCCAAUUGGAGAUGCCCGCUGAUGCCAUCCACACUCUCCACAAUUGUGAAAUCAUCUCAGUUGAACAUUACCUCAAGGUGUAUCUGGACAUCAGUUUUGCCUAUGACCCAGAGGUGGUGUUUCCACUGGUCAUCGUUCCUUCUGGCUUUGUUCCUCUUCAGCCUGGUGAGGCUGUGGGGCCUUACCCAGGUGGGGCCUUUGGGGCCCCAAAUUACAGCGACUUCCCUCCCCCUGCUUUUGCUACCGGACCUUAACAUAAGACAGUUAAUACCUUAUAUAACUCUUACCAACUUGUAAACAAUAUCUUAAAUAAGAAGAUAUGCAUUGCAUGUGGCUGUAAUAAUCAGUGAAUAAUCAGUGCGGUAUUGCUGCUAUAGUAUUUAAAAUGAGUUAUUGUUUACAUAUGUGAAACUGUAUUCUGUAUUUGUACUGUUUACAUUUUUAUGCAUUGCUAUAUGUGGAGAAAUAUUUUAUAUGUGUACUGUUGUGUUCUAAUGUAGUACCAAAAUGAGUGUGCCACCCUACUCACUUCAUUGUAGGAUGGAAAAUUGUUAGUUGGAGUUUAGUAAAAACAUACUUUUCAUACAGAUGUAUUCAUGACAAUGCCCUUGACCUUAAACAGCUUUCUUUUUUUAUGUAGCCUCAGCUUGAAUCUGACCAAGGUUUAAACUAAAGGAUAUGAUUUUCAGUGGUCCUCUAUUGUUCACAGAGAGCAACUUACUGUAAGAGAUGCAGGCAAAAAG